AUGAGCAACCACAACGCCAGCUCUCUCGCCAACAGCGACACCCCCAUACCCGUGGUUCACAUCCACCCCGCAGACACCCCAGCAUCACGCACCCCGAACCCGGAACAUGGCUCGCAUCGGCUCUCUGCCACCAAGCUCAAGGACAAGCUCGAAUCGCUGGGUGACAGCAUGAGUCGUGAAUCAACAAGCAGAAUGGGCGACCGCAUGGUCAACCUCCUCCUCGCCCAGGUCCUGCCCAGCGAGGAUCCAUCUGCCGCCUCGCCGCCAGAGAGCGCUUCUGACGCUGCAACCCCUCAGGUCAAGGACCGCCGCUCACGCACCUACGUCGAGCGCCCCAACUUCAGCCUCCCCACCAUGUCGUCCAACUUCCGGCGAUUCAACUCGCGCAUAGGCGUGGCGUUUGUCUUCCAGAACCGUCUCAUCCACCUCUUCACCUGGAGACAGCCAACCCAGACCCUGUCUUUCCUCUUCAUGUACACCUUCAUAUGCAUCGACCCCUACCUCCUCCCUGUCCUUCCUCUCGCCGGCUGUCUGUUCUUCAUCAUGGUCCCCGCCUACCUCACACGCCACCCUCCCCCUCCGACAUCAUUCCCCACCGACCUCUACCCGCUGGGUGGCCCGGCGCUCGCAGACGCGCCCACGAUCAAGCCCGCACCGGAAUUCAGCAAGGACUUCUUCCGCAACAUGCGCGACCUGCAGAACUGCAUGGAGGACUUCUCGCGCGGCCACGACGCCGUUCUGUCUUUUCUGACGCCUCUCACCAACUUCUCAAACGAGAACCUCAGCUCGCUGCUCUACAUCGCCCUGCUCCUCGUGUCGUGUGCACUCUUCCUCGUCUCGCACCUGCUGCCCUGGCGCUUCAUCUUCUUGGUGCUCGGCUACGGCGCUCUCGCCAUGGGCCACCCGGCCGUGCAAGACGUCCUCUCGACGCCCGCCAACGAAGCACGGCUCGCCUCGGCCGAAAACGACGGGCGCUCCUUCCUGCUCAGCGCCAGCAAAACCGACAUCGAACUGCAAACGCACCAGCGCCCGCGCGAAGUCGAAAUCUUCGAGCUCCAGCACCGCGCCCUGCACGACGCAACAGGCGAGUACGAACCCGUCCUCUUCAGCACUUCGCCCUACUCUCCGCUGUCACCCGCGCGCAUCUCCGGCGACCGGCCCCGCGGCUGCGCCUUCUUCGAGGACGUCCUCCCCCCGCGCGGCUGGCGCUGGAGCGACAAGAAAUGGACGCUCGACCUGCUGAGCCGCGAGUGGGUCGAGGACCGGUGCGUGACGGGUGUGGAAGUCGAAACCGAGGGCGAGCGCUGGGUCACGGAUCUCCACUACGAAGUCCUUGACAGCGACGACACGGCGAAAUCGAAUCCCUACGACAAGACGAGGAGAGCCAGCGUGCGGGACAAGAGCACUAAAGACAUCAGCGAGCAGGAACGUGACGUCCUCCGCCGCACCUGGGAGAGCGGCCGUCCGAGCCGCAAGGGCGAAUGGAGGAGACGCCGGUGGGUGCGGAACGUGGAGCGCGUGGGUACAUCGUAG